AUGUGGCGUUCAAAAACAAAAUCUAACACUGGGCUUAAAGCAGUCGUUCGGCAAAGUAAGACAAAACAAACGUUUACUAUAUAGUUUUAAAUAUUUUUCUAUUCAUAUUUUUUAAAAAUUGUUUUUAUUAUAGUCAUUAUUAACGAUGUAAUUAAACCGAAUAGCAUCCAGAAGGGAACGGAUAAUAAAAACCAUCGCGUUUUGGUAGUUGACCAACUCGGGACAAAAAUCUUGUCGUCUUGUUGCAGCAUGUGCGACAUAUGCGAUGAAGGAAUCAUCCGUAAGUGUUCAUAUAUUAUAUUAUUAUAGAAGAUAAGUAUAUAAUACUAUAAUUACCUAAUAUAUCAGUGGCGUGUUCAGAAAUAAUAAAUCGGAAGAUAUAGAGCAAAGCAAAUAUUAACUAUAAAUAAAUUGUUGAAUUUCCUUCUUUACCAGCUUACUCGACAGUGAGAAUUAAAAAUCCGGAUCUUAUUAUUUUAAUUGCCUGAAAUAAAGGUAUAAAUUUCAAUAUUAAAUUAUAAAAAUAAAUAACAUUACAGAUGUUGUGUUAAAAAGCUUAUGAGGCCCAUACUCAGGGGCUUUUUAACACAUCAACUAUGUGGAUAUUUACCCCCCCCCCCGGUUAUUACUUUAAUCUCCCACCCUCUGCUCACGUCACUUCUAAUAUAUUUAAACAGUUUUUGGUUGAUUGGUAAAAUUGUAUAGAAAUAUAUUAUAUUUGUACAAUUGCUAAAUUAAUGUUUAUUAUUUGUCAUUAAAAUUAAAUAUUUUGACACGACAGUAAUAACAAUAUAAAAUACGACGUAUUGAUCCGACGCAUCUCUCUGAAAAUGCGCAACAAAAAUCCUAUAUAAUCCCUUUUUGAUUAUACAACGUCUAAACAAUUUAGACUGAGGCUUGUGGGGGGUGGUGGAAUACAGACCCUUAUUAAUCCCGCCGUCCGAUGAAUAAGCCACGAGCGUAUAAAGCGUGUUGAUUGUUGAAUCACACACAGCCGCGGCAAUCCCACGGUUCGUAUAGCGGCGUUCAUGCGCUGUGACCACGGUAUCUGGGACGUGUGGCGCAGACCGUGAGGUGCGUCCGUCCCGGACGAUUAUUUGUCCCUAUAAAAAAAGCCCCCUUACCCUGCGUCUCGUACCAAAGGGAUAAUGGUGGAGUACUGCGCGCGGUGUGCAUAAUAUAAUGUAGGUAGAUAUGUAUAUUCGAAUGCCAUUAGUUAUGUAAGUUAGAAAUAAAAUUUCGUGUUUUCUCCAUCGACUCCUUAAAAGUGGUUAGUAUGUAUAUUAUAAAAUAUUGAUAAGUGCACAUUUUCAGUACAAUUAGACCAAGCUAUUAGGUGGUGUAACGGUCUAUAAUAAUUAUUUUUCUGUUUAUUGAAUUAAAAAACUAAAAAUUAUAAAAAAUUUUUAAAAAAAUGGACAUAAUUCGCACGAUGCAGCCACUGUUGUUGAUGAGAAGUUGUGAAUGUAGGAUAUAAAUGUGAAAUUAAUUUGUAUUUGUAAGCAACGAUAAACCAUUGUUAACGAAAAAACGAUUUUGAGCUUUCUAGUUCAGUUGAUAGUGUUACUUUGACAAUAAAAUAUAUGUCAUAUUAUGGUAAAACAAAUAUAUAAGCAAUAUGUAUUAAACAUUUUCUUCAAAAAUAUUUGUACAAUAUUAAACUUAUUUUCCUGAUGUAAGAACCAUCGUUCUUAUAUCGGCUAUAUAAAUGGUUCAAAACAAAAAAAAUUUACUCCAAUGAUUUUCGUCAAAAUUUGAUAUUAAAAUUCCUUUAUAAAAAAAAAUACUACAUUAAACUCAAUUUUUUUUAUCAUAAAGUAAUACAUUUAAUAUACCUCCUGUUAAAUUUUCAAGCAUUUCUGUUUAGUCGAACAAUUUUACCACAGAGUACCUACCGAAUAAAAAUUAUGUACAAAACUCGCAAAAUUAAAUAUAUAAAAAGUCUAAACAUGGCUCAAAUGUUUUAAAACUUUACUAUGUCUAGAAAAAACAAAUAUAAGUUUUCUGUCCAAAUUUCAUGUCUCUAAUGAAUAUUUUUAACUGAAUUAUAACAAAUAACAAAAUUGAAAAAAUAAUAAAGCAUAUUAUUUUCAUGAAUUUCCUUUUUAACGUUUUUAUCACUUUUUCCUUUUAUUGGGAAAACUUCCAGGAAAAUCAAAAAAUGACUUACUCAAAAUACCACCCCAAGAAAAUUUUCUAUCAGAAAAAGGUCUAAAUCGUAUAUAUCAGAGCAAGAUUUCUUGUAGAAUUUUUUACACAGUAUAAAAAAUAAAAAUAAUAAAUAUCUUUGUGAAACCAAUACAUCUUCGCUACACUUAGAAUCUAAAAUUAAAGCUCAUAAGUAUGUUGUAAAACUAUAGUUUUUUAACAUCAGAACCAUUGGCGUAAUCUUAGGGGGCGCAACUGUUGCACUUGUACUCCCUUGAACUUUUGUGAAGUGGAAUAUCAUCAUUUUGUACUUCACUAAUCGAAAAUAAACCCAGAUUUGUUAUGCAAAACCACAUCGGGUAGUAUUUUAUUUCGUGUGCAGUUUGUUAAUAUGCGACCGGGUUCUGAAAUCGUCUCUUAUAAUUUUUCGUACAAGUGAUAUUCACUGCUUAUAAAUGGGGAUUGUGAUACCACAAAUAGAUUAAUUUGUGAUACUACGUGAAUACGCGAUCUCGAAAUUGUUGCUAUACUAUUAAUAAUCAUUAGAGAACGGAUUUAUAGGCACUUAAAAAUAGCAAAAUAGCGCUUUAAUGGUGCCGUGUGUAAAUAUCAAAGAAAGAUUUUUGGUAGAAUUUUGGUACACAGUAUAAAAAAUAAAAAAAGUAAACAUCUUUGUAAAACCAACACAUUCUUCACUACAUUCAGAAUCUAAAGUGAUUAUAAUUUUAAGUUUAAAUUACUUUGUUUAAUUUUGUUUGAUAGUACUAAAACUGUUUACAUAUUAACUGCUAUUAAGUGGGUGAGAAAGAAAAAAGGCUGACAUAUUUCGCACAUAGGUGCAAAUGCGGCCACUGUGUAGGUAAGAGGUUAAGUGUGUAGUUGAGAGGUGGUAGAAGGAAAACUUUAUGUUUAUCUUUAUGCAAUGAUAAACUAUUGCUAACGAAAAAAUGAUUCUGAGCGGAGUUUAAUUGAUAGUAUUGCUUUGUCAUAUAUUUGCUUAAUAUAUGCCAUAUUAAGCUAAAAUAAUUGCAUAUGAAAUAUAUAUUUUCUUUAAUAAUAUUUUUUUAAUAUUUUAGGUGCCUAUUUUCCCGUUUUUCUUACGGUUUUCCCAUAAUUUUUCCCAUUUAUUUGGAAAACUCCUGGGAAAAAUCAAAAUAUAACCUUUUUAAAGUAUUUAUCCAGUCAGAUUUUUAUUAGAAAAGUGCUAUCAUUAUAAAUUCGAGCAAAAUUACUGGUAAAAAUGUUUCGCACAAAUAAAAAAAAUAAAAUAAAUAAACAUCUUUGGAAAACCAUAAGCUUCUUCGCUCCACUCAGAAUCUAAAAUGGAACAGUAUUUUGAAAUCCGCUCAGUUUUCGAUUGUUAUUGUACAAUAAUUACAUGUAAAAUUAUAAUUAAAAGUGCCAUAAACAAUAUGCAAUUUGGAUUUCAUGAGCAUACUGGUAGUAAAGAUGCAAUUGUCCAUUUUGCAAACUUAAUUUAUAAUUCACUUGAUAAUGAUAAAAAAUAUAUAGGUAUUUUCUUAGAUUUUGCUAAAGCAUUUGAUUCAAUAUCCCAUAAAAUAGUAUUUUGUAAGUUUAAAAAAGCAUAGGACAAAAUAUUUUUCUGAAUUAGUUUGAAUCCUAUGUUUCUAAUAGACCUCAAGUAGUACAAAUUAAUGGAAAUAUUAAAUGAUUUUAAAAUAUUCUAAUUUUAUAUCCUUCAAGGAACUGUUUUAGGUCCCGUACUAUUUUCAAUAAAUGUAAAUGAUAUAAUAGACCUCGAUAUAAAUUGAAAAAAAUGUUAGUGUAUGCUGAUGAUACAGCCGUAUUUUUUGAUGACAAUUAUUGAAAUUAAGUUGAAACUAAAGCAAACUUAGCUUUAUCUAAGAUCAAUAAAUGGUAUUCGAAAAAUAGUUUAUUAUUCAACUCUAGUAAAUGAGUUUAUAUCACAUUUUCUAUAUCAAAAGCUAAUUCACCAAACAAUUACAUUCAAAUAAGUGUAAUAGGAAUAGUGAUAAUAUAAAUUACUGUUAAGAAUAUUGUAGGGAAAUAUUAAGAGUAAGUUCUAAUAAAUAUUUAGAUAUAAUAUUUGAUGAUCACUUAAAAUGGGUAUCUCAUAUUACAACUAUAAUACCACGUAUUAUAAAAUGUUAUUAUAUAUUUAAAGAAUUGCAUAAUAUUCUUGAUGUUAAAAAUGCAAACAUGAUUGUUUUUGCUGUAUUGCAAUCCAAUACUUAUGUAUUGUAUUAUAGUAUAGAGUUCUGCAUAUAAGAAUGCGUUAGAACCAUUAAGUAUGGCCCAUAGAAUAUAAAUUUGAAUGAUGUUUAAACAUUUUUAUAAUAAAAAUAAUGACACAGAUGAUUUAUUUAAAACUUUAAAAUUAUUAAAAAUUGGUCAAUUAUACUAUUAUAUUAUAUAUUAUUAUAUAAUUAUAAUAAAAAUCAAUAAACAAAGAAAUCAAUUUAAACUAAAAUACACAUUAGCUACUAGAAAAACGAAUAUUGGAAAUUCAGCUUUAAUUAAACCACACUAAUUUGAUAAAACUUGUUUAUGUUUAUAGGGGCAUAAAAAGGCCCUGGUGCAAUAAUCAGGUACGUCCAUUUUCCAAAAUUAUUGUUCAGGAAACACCAACUAUCUAUAAAAUUGGAAAAUGAACCAAAAAUUAAAAUUGUGGAGUUUUAUUUUUGUAAAAAUUAGAUACAUCAGUUUAACCCAUUUCCUUUGUUUUAAAUUUUAUACUCUUGAUAAUAUUUGUAAAAAACUAAAAAACUAUGAUAAUUAUAUUUUUAAUGAUUGCAAUAUUACGUUUUGCAGUUACGGUCAAUUUUGUUCUUGGACAUAACUGAUUGAAUUAAAAAAUGAUUUUGAAAAAUCGUAAACGUAUCUAAUUAUUGUACCUGGUUAUUUAUUAUUUAAUAAACUACCUAGUUAUAUGAAAGCAAUUGAUAACGAUUUAAAAUUUAAGUUCGAAAUAAAGAAAAAGUUCAAAAAUCUAUUUCACCAAUGUCUAGUUUUUCUUUCUGUUUUCUUACGAAUCUUUGUUUAGAUUAUUUUUGUUUUUUAUAUUUUGUUUUUUAUUUCGUAAUGCCGGCUUUUAUAGCAUUUUAAUUGUUUUAUUUCACUUAUAUUUCCUCUAUUUGAACAAUUAUACAUAUUAAAUAUGUCAUCAAAAAAGAUAAUUAUGUUAUUUCGUAAUAUUUUAUUUCAUUAAUUAUUAUUAUUGUGUUGUUUUUAUAUUAUGCAUUAUUAAUAUUAUUUUUAUUCUUAGAGUAAAUCAAGACUCUCUACUCCCCUCACAAGCAUUGCUUAGAAGGAGUAGGUAUCAGCAUUAUAUAUUGAACUUUCUUUUAUAUAAUAUGUAUAUGUUUUGAUGUUAAACAAAAAAAAGAAAUUAAAAUAACUAAAAUAAUCACGUAAAAAUACGCCGUUCGUGAUAAGAUAAAAAAAUCUAUUUUAAAAUAUAACAAAUUAAAUAACAUCACAUAGGUAAUAGGAUAUAAAUAACCAAACAUAUAAGAGGGGGAAAACCGUAAUUUUUAUUAAACAUGUAAAAUAAAUUGGUAUUUUUUUAGUUAAAAAUAAUUUUUACAAUGAUUUUUAUUUUUAUUUAUUUUUACCGUAUACGAAAAUUCUACCAGAUAUCUUACUUCAAAGUAUCAAUUAUAGAACUUUUUCUAAAAGAGAAUUUUACUGGGGUUGUACUUUUUUUUGUUUUUUUUAGGCGUUUUCAUAAAAAAGUAAGAAAAACCGGAAAAUUUCCGCUUAUAUAAUUUAAAAUUUUUUUUUUGUGUUGUUGUAGUUUAGUUUAAGAUAUUUAUAAACACUUGAAAUUUAGACAGAAUUUGGACAUAUUUGCCUUUUAUAUGCUUGGCAAAGUUUUUAAAAAAUUUUAGCCAUUUUUGAGCUAUUUAUAGGCAUUUUAAUUUUACAGGUUUUGUUUUUACGUAAUUUGUGUUUCUUAGGUACCCUGUGGAUAGAAUUGUUCGACCAAAUAGAAUUUCUAGAAAACUUAAUGGGUGGAUCAUUAAAUCACAGUUUGGGAUAAAAAAAAAAUUAGUGUAAUGUAAAAUUCUUCUUAUAAAAUUUUAAUAUUAAAGUUUUAAAGUAACUCUAUUAAUCGAAUUCCGUUCAGAAACGUCUUUCGUUAGCCAUGGGUAAUCGUCUCGUACAGAUAUACAUUAAAUGACCGUCUGUAUUCUACCUUUCCAACGUUUUACCUACAAUAAUGGCCCAUUUUUCGUGCGAAGUAUGUCCAUCUUUUUUUAAACCAUGUUAUUCAUGAAGUGGUGGAUUUGAGAGGGGGCUGUAUCUUAUUUUGAGUUAAAAAUAUAUAGAUUAUUUAUUUUCUCCAUUUGCUUUUUUUCCAAACCCCGGGGACGGGAUAGUCUAGUGGUAUACAUUUGAACAAAUAAUAAUAUGAGUGUAUGUAUAAUAUUUUUUUUUUUGCAACAGGAUAGUUCAGGAUAGAUUCGACUUAUAGUAGAUUGAAACCAAAAUUCUGUAAGGUGUUUAUCAAUCUUAAAACUAGCUUUAACAUAUUAUUUGUUGAAAGUUCGAUCAUUCUUCUUGAUUCUGUAUUUUUGAUGUUACAAUAUUUAUAAAGGGAUUUAUGACCUAUUGAGGAAUGUCCAGGGAUAAAAUAUCUUCAAAACGUUCUGAAAAAUCCUUAUUCAAUGACUCAAAGUGUUAAUAGUAAACUAGAGUGUUAUCAAAGGAAAUUUUAUUGUUCUCGUGUAGGUCUGACAAAAUUAAAAACUAGCUGAACUCGUUGAAACCAAAAUUCUGCACAAAGUUUCAUAGUCACGUGUUUAUUUUAUAAAUAAAUAGAUAAACGGAAAUAAUUACAGAUUAACCUUGGUUCAGUUAUUACUUCUUAAUAUAAAUACAUAUAUAAACACCACUACUUUACGGCCCUAACCAUGCUCACCGUCCCCCUACCAUUCAAAAAAAAUUCACCUCCCAAAAUUAGUUUACCUCCACAUUACCCUUUCACCACUCACUGGUGAGAAGGGGGGCAAUAUCGCCCUCGUUGAGAACUACUGGUAUGUAUAAUGGCGUAUAACUAGGAGAGUUGUGAGUGAUAUAUCUCCCAUUGCAAUUUUGUUAUGCUAUAUGUAAGGUUGAGAAGGUUUUAGACCCCUAAACCUCUCAAGGAUACUCCCACAAAAUCUCCUCCAUUGAUUAAUUCACCAUUGGCGUAUUGUAUUUAAUUGUCUUUGAUUUAAUUUGUAUUUUUUUUUUUUAUAGUUGUUGAAGAUUUGUUCAAAGCACGUGAACAGUUGAAUGCAUAUGAAGCAGUUUAUUUCAUCACUCCCAACGAAACAUCGAUAAAUGCUCUUAUGGAUGAUUUUUCCAACAAGAAAAAACUCAUGUAUAAAGCCGCUCAUGUAAACUUCAUUUACAGUAAAGUAUUUUUUUAAUUUUUGAUAUUUCACUGAUUUUUUCAGUUUAGGCUUUUGCCAUUUAAAUAUAUAACCAGAAUAUACAGGGAAUAUACCUAUACAGAUUGAUCAGAAUAAUGUAAAACAUAAUGUAAUUAUUAAAGAAAUAAUGUAAUGUAAUUUUAUUUUAAAAUUAUAUAAUAGAAAGGUAGCUGAAAAGUCGAAAAUUGUCAGUAAACUUUUUGUAAAAUAUAUAAAAUAAUAUAGUGCCUAGGUAAUGUAGUUAUAUAAGUUACACGCGAGCUACAGUUAGAUUUAAAAUCAUAUUUUUACAAAACAAAGAACUUCCUUACCUAAAUCAGUGGUCUGUUUAUAAUUAUAAUAAUAAUAUCAUUAUAAUAUAAAAUAAUAAUUUUUUUUAUUGUUUUAUUUUAUAAUAAAAAGGUUGUCCGGAACAGCUUUUCGAAAAACUGCGCAUUUCAGAUAUAAAUAAAAACAUUAAAACGAUCAAAGAGAUUAACGUGGCGUUCAUACCUAACGAGUAUCAGGUAUGAUUUUAAACUAAUAUUUUUUUGGUAUCCAAUUAUUAAUAAUAUAAAUUAUAAUUAGCCUCAUUGUACCUACAGUCUGUAUCUAUAUUUGUUUUAUGUAUUCUUAGGUGUUUUCUUUGAACUGCCAUGACAUGUUUCAAACUCAUUAUAAUCCAUUACAUCGUAAAAAUAUCCGGUCGAAAAUCAAUCAUAUUGCUCAACAGAUUGCAACCGUGUGCUUGUCACUGGGAGAGUAUCCUUCGGUGCGAUACAGAAGUUACUACGACAGUACCGUUUUAUUGGCACAAGCAGUGCAGGCAAAAUUGGAUGCUUACAGAGUGGAUUAUCCGUCAAUAGGUCAAGGUUUAGGAAAAACACGUUCGCAGUUGAUUGUGCUCGACAGAGGGUUUGAUUGUAUGUCUCCAAUUUUGCAUGAGCUGACCUACCAGUCUAUGGUUUGUGAUAACUUAUCAAUAACCGACAAUGUCUACAAGUGA